AGCGUUUGUUUGGAUAUAGAGUUGGAUGCCCAUCUAUUUCGAUGUGUACGUGGCGCGUGGAGUACCAGGUACCGGUACGCGAUCUAGGGUCGAGUACACAGCGAUAAACUGCGCCGAAACUCCGGCGGCGAAGAAUCAUAGAAGUCCGCCUCAGCACAGCAGUACCGUAUUACAACUCUCUCCCUGACGUUACGAUAUUAACAUCUUCAAGAUGUUGGACUCUAGCAAGCCAAGUCGAACUCUCGUCAUAAUUUCACUCGUCAUCAACCUCUGCUCAUCAAUUCUCAUCGUUUUCCUGAACAAGUGGCUGUAUCGAAACUAUGGAUUUCCAAAUAUCACGCUAACUUUCCUGCAUUUUCUCAUGACGGGCCUCGGCCUGGCUGCCUGCCUGAGGUUCGGCUUGUUCAACAGGAAGAGCAUCCCCAUCAUGAACGUGUUACCACUCAGUUUAACUUUCUGUGGGUUUGUCGUGUUCACGAACUUAUCUUUGCAGAAUAAUACCGUAGGCACGUACCAGUUGGCCAAGUCAAUGACAACACCUUGCAUUCUCCUCAUUCAAACUGUAAUGUAUCAGAAAACAUAUUCAACAAGAGUAAAAUUUACAUUGAUUCCCAUUACUAUUGGAGUCAUUGUGAAUUCAGUUUAUGAUGUAAAGUUCAACAUAAUAGGAACACUUUUUGCUACUGCUGGAGUACUUGUAACAUCGGUGUACCAAGUUUGGGUAGGGAGGAAGCAGCAUGAAUUUCAGGUGAACUCGAUGCAGCUCCUUUACUUUCAAGCCCCUCUAUCAGCCUUCCUGCUCCUAUUCAUCAUCCCAUUCCUUGAACCUGUCAUUGGGGAAGGGGGCUUGUUUAGCAGCUGGCCUCCUCAAGUAUACGCCCUUGUAUUGGCAUCAUGCUGUGUGGCUUUCUCUGUAAAUCUAUCAAUCUACUGGAUUAUAGGAAAUACAUCUCCAAUAACAUAUAAUAUGGUGGGCCAUGGUAAGUUUUGUUUUACACUCCUUGGGGGUUACUUCCUGUUCCAAGAUCCUCUAUCAAUUUUUCAGCUUGGUGGAAUCACGCUGACGCUCGGUGGUAUCAUCCUUUAUACGCACUUCAAAGUGACGGAACAAGAAAAACCAACUCCCGGUAAAUCCCUAGAGGAAAACUCAGCGAACAGCCAUGCUGUGACAUGUCCGGCCCCGAAUAAAGUCUCUAAUGAAGUCUAAACACUUUAUAUGAUGAUGUAGAACUUUUUAAUUCAGCCCACAUUUUCUUCUCGAACAAAUCAGUUUGAAAACUAUCAUUGCCAACUUCCAAAGAUUGUCAUGGUUUACAUUUUUUGUUUUAUUUCUUUUCCCCCAUUUAUCUUAGAAUAUCAUCAUUGUCUUAAGAUUUUCUUUAGUAACAUCAUUUUAUCCAUAUCCACCCUUCUCUUGCCUUUCUUUUAUAUGCUAUAUAGGUCUGCCUAAAGACUAGAGAUGUUAUUACCAAUCCUUCGCCACAUCAUUUCCAUUUUUACAAUUUUUCUCUUCACUACGCAAGCAUCAUUAAUAGCAUAGCACCUUUACACAUCUGACAAAAUUGCUUUUUCUUCUUCUUCAAAUUACAUUUUCAAAAUGAAACCAAAUUCAUUGCUUAUGAAAUUCAUUAUAUAUGAAAUUCAUUCAUGAAACCAAAUUCAUUGCUUAUGAAAUUCAUUAUAUAUGAAAUUACAUUGGUUAUGUAGAUUCGAAUCAGUGAUAGGUCAGCACGACAUCACAUGGUCAUAGCUACAAGGUUCGCAUUUGUUAUAUUCUAGGUUUUGACGUCACCUCAGUGAAUAUAAUUGCGUUGGAUUGUAAACUGCAGCGUUAUAUUCCCUGAGGUGACGGCACUCGCUGCUUAUAAGUUGCAUAAUCAGGUAGUUAACUUGUACGCGCUAUUCGCGUUGAUUGCAUGAAGCACGCGCUUGCUGUAUUUUCUCCAAGCUUUCCUUCAUGUAUUCUGACGUAGACGGAUCAGAGCUGCAUUUCGAGUUUAUCAUAAAGCCAAAUUACAAAUGAAGACUCUGAUGGCGAAUCUUCAUAAACUAUUUAAUAUAACAGAUAUUGCAUGGUCUAUCUUUUUAAUAAAUAACAUAUCAACUCCCCUCCGAAGCUAUAUUUUUCCCUCGAGACAAUAUUUUCUCUCAGAGCUUUGGGCAAAUAUAUAAUCCCUUGGGAAAAAUAAAACUCCGUUGGAGAAAUGAAUUGUUAAAUUCAAACUCUAGGUAGGCAAUAUCUGUAUAAUAUUGCAUCUUUGUAGCAGUAAUUUAUUAUAGACUUCUAUGAAGUCAUACAGUACUGCGCUUUACUUUUGAAAGUUUCAGUGGUUUGUUUCAUUAUAAAGACUGCUUUGGCCGAGGUUCAUAGAUUAUUAAGAUUAAGCCUCGGUUUUGAAACCCUAAUUUGAAUGCACAUGUAUAUGUCUUUGUUUUUAUGCAAAAGAGGCUGGUUUUUAAAAAUUCUAUCUAUUGAUAUUAUAAUUUUUCUCCUUUUCCUUCUUUUCCUUUUGCCUCUCAUUAUCUCCUCUUCCUCUAUUUCUUCUUUCUCCUUUUUUCUCUCCUCUUCUUCUUUUUCCUCCUCAUCAUCCUCUUCUCUUUUCUUCAUCUCAUUUUUUUCUCUUUUUCCUUGUUAAAGAUAGUCAUUGUUAUUGUCUUAAUUGAUAUUAUGAUUAUAAUUAUUAAGAAAAAAAUCAAAAUGGACUAUGAAUUCCUUUUAGUGCAGGUGCUAAUUAGAUUCAAUUUGCUAAAUUCAAUGUCAGCAAGGUUUGCAAAUUGUCUUGGGUGAGUGACUUACAUUUUAAUUUACAGUCAAAUCAAGUCUACCUUACAUAAUCACUUUUUUUUUUACCAGGGGGUGUUUCACAAAGAUUUAAGUAUGACUAAGUGUUGCACUUAAAUGCCUACGCCUACAGGAUAUGCAACGCGCAAUCUCAUUGAUCAAUAUGCAGUAGUGCGCGGCCUCGUGGCAUGAUCGGACCAAUGCGGUCAUGCCUUUUAUAGAUCAUGCAACUAGGCAUUUAAGUGCGACUCAAAGGAAACCAAAACCCAAGAGGUGAAGCAAUCUUAUCGGAAAGAGUAAAAUGAGAGGAACAAUUAAAAAAAGUUUCGUCAAAAUCGGUUACGAAAUAAGCAAGUUAUGGGAGUUUGAAAACUCUUGUACUUUCUAUGGGGAUCCUCAAAUCGGCAAACGUGCUUCAAAAUGGCUGAUUUUGUGGACAACUCUCCAUUUGUUUUGUACACAAAUUUUCAGAUUUUCCUCAUUAUCUUUCAAAUUGCAUUUUGCCUCCUUCUGAGCACAACAUAUGUCAUGGGAAAAUGUAAUUCACACCACAUAUGUCAAGGUCAGGAGGAUAUAUUGUGAAAUAUGUAAAAUAAAGGUUUCCUUUAUUAAGUCAUACUUUCUCCUAAGUCUAACAGAUUCCUAUGCUCCCAAGUGAUUCUACUUGGGCAGAGUUUCCUGAAUAUUUUUGUUGAAUCCAUAGAAAGCCAAAAACGCAAGUGAGAAUGUUGUGCUUAUUUUCAUAUUUUUUGGUGGUGGUUGGAGGGUGAUGGGAGGGGUGGCAGGGUUCCCACAGACGUGGAAAAUCCUGGAAAAAUUUGUGGUCAUGGAAAGUCAGGGAAUUUGGAAAAUUUGUGAAAAGUCAUGGAAUUGCAUUCACCUCUUAGGCUAUGGCAGCUUUCCAGUCUGUCGUGUCUUGCAACUGUCAUACUCUGUGAUCACACUCUGCUAUUAUAAUUAGUGUUCAUGAUUUCCAUUUUUCCCAGUUUUGUGACAUCCCAACUCCCGGAACGUCAUGGGAAGUCAUGGAAAGCAGCAAUUUAGUCAUGGAAAAGUCAUGGAAUUCUGUUUUCAAAUUUCUUUGGGAACCCUGUGGUGGUAUAAUGAUAUCUUUUGUAUGUCCAUGGGUUUAUUUCUCUGCUGUAUGAGCUGAACAGCUACAUCAGCAAGUGAAGCAAUAGACAAUCAAUCUUGCAAUUGAUAAGGUUUUUUUAGUGGAUCAUUUUCCACACUUUGAUUGUCACUGACUGUAUGUUACAAGCUACUGAAAUCCUUGCAUCUGAUUGGCUAAGAGGAAGUUUGUCAGACAAGACCAUUCAUGAAACAUUCCCCUGGCUGGGUUCCACUUUCAAGGAUUAGAGGGGGAGGGGGAGAAAGUGCAUAAAAGGUAUUUAUAGUAAAAUAAAAAGACUGAUUUAAUCAUGUAAUGAACAACCAAAUUAGCUUAUGGUAUUACAAGUUUGAAAAGUGACUUUGAAUCUUCAGUGUUCAUUGAUGGCAUGGGUGCAAUUUUAGCACUUGCCCCCCCCCCCCCAGCAAAAUAUUUUGCUUUAUACAGGUAAACUUUGAUAAGUGGACCUUUCAUGAGUCAAAUAUUUACCCAAUUAAAGCCAUUUUUUAUACUAUAUUAUGCAAAACAUACUUUAUACCUCUUCUAAAUCAAAUUUCUUUUUGUCAAACAAUUUUCUGUUGUCUCAAACGACUUGACUUGGGUCUGUAUAGGUAUGCCAUUGGUUUUGAAGGGCAUGGGCAAAUAUUAUACAUUCUUUUUUUAAAGGUGUAUUUUUGUAUGAUGCCCUUUGAAGUAUAAGGUAAAUAGUAAAGUACUUACUGAGCUGGUGCUGAUAAAUUUUUCACAAUAUUUAUCAUUGAAGGUCCAACAAGAAUAUUUUUUAAACUAAAAUGGAGAGUUAUGAGCCCACCAUAUUUUGAUAGAAUAAUAAUUAAGAAUCGAGUAUUUCAUUAUCUUUUUCAAAGUACAGUACAAACGAUUUUGUAAUUAGACGAUAUGAAGGCCACAAAGGAUCUGUUAGUGCCAUUUUCUGGAAAGUUCUAGAAAGUUCUUGUUGAUGGCAUAUUAGAAUGUAUUGUAUUUUUAAAGUAAUUUAUUCUAUAUGUUUUUAUUACUCAUUUUAAAUGGAACACUCGUAUAUAAGUAAGUAUUUAUAUGUAAAGAGAAGCUCAGCAUUAAUUACAGGACAAAAGGUCUGUGUGUUGUGAUGGUGUGAGUGGGUGUGUGUGUGUAUGUGUGAGUGCAAGAGUAUAGUCACUGAUCAAGUGUCUGUUUCUUUGUUUUUGCAGUAUUAUAUUAGAAAAACACCCAAGAUAUCUUUCAGUAGCAGAAAAUGCUCUUGCCUAUAGGGUUACAGAGGUUUGCCAUUUAUCAAUAACAUUGAAUAAAUAUAUAGUCAAUGUUUAGAGUAGUCACCUUGCAAACAUAUUUUUCCAUAAUUUUUGCUGAAAAUAGAAAACAGAAUCGUAGUUGAAGUUAUCAUGAAUUAUACAUUUUUUCUAUAUAGAUUUGAUGCAAGUAUAUCUUUAAAAAAAUGAGUAAAAUAUUUACCCAAUAUUAGGUAAAAAGGAAACAUGUGUGUUUAAUAGGUAGGAUUUUGUCUUAUAUUUGGCAAAAGUAUGAUUUAUGGGUAAAUUUCAACACAAAAUUUGGUAAAAUUUACACAAUAUUUGGUAUCAUUUUACCCAACAAACAUACAUUUUCCUUUGUUUAUCCAAUAUUGGGUAAACUUAUCAAAGAGUGAUUUGGACCUUUGUUUUUAAUUUGUAUGAUGUUAUAUUGCCGAUUUCCUUCUUCAUUAAAGGUUUCUUUAAAGGUGACAUCAUGCAUCAGCCAACCUUAUGUAUAUUCAUGACGACUGUUUUCACAAAAUAUUGCUAAACUUUAAACUUCGGUAACUUUAUUAUUUGUUAUCCGAUUUUGAUGAAAUUUUCGGCAUUUUGCUCAGUGAAUUCUACUCUAUGUAUGAAGAUAUUUUCAGGCCGGACCAUCCCUUUAAGGUUUCAUCUGGUUCCACUUUAUUGACAGUGUGUUGUAUAAAUCAGAUGUUUUUUAUGCAACAUAUCGUAACCAUGGCUUAUGAUGAUUUCAAAUGCAUACUGUUCUCCUCUCAAAUGCAUGAAUUAAAUGACAGAGCACAAAUUAGAAAUGUAUGUAUUGGGCUCUCCCGAAAUCAUCUUACAUCUAAAAUGUUAUCGACUGUGAAGAAAAAAUGAGUAUUAUAUGCAAUGACAUUGAUUAUGUACAAUAUGGCACCGUAUCUAUUAAGUUUGUAAUAAAUAUUUGCAUUAUUACAAUGUGAUGUACGGCAUAAGUA